AUGAGCCAAAACACAGAAACAGCCGAGUUAAGGGAGAAGUUGCAGUGUUGGGGGCAGGGAAGUGACACUUUGAACCUGCCCUCAGCUUCAAGACAGAUAGAGCCGAAACAACAUGAGACAAACAACAUGAAAGAGCUUAUAGAGGAAUUUAAAGGACUUUACGAGGAAAGGCUGAGGCGUCUGGAGCUGCAGCCAGCUGAAAGUCAAGAGGAAAUACUACAGAUGAAAGUGAGUGUCCUGCAGACUUAUGUGAAUGACCUGGCAGACCAGAACCAGGUGUUGGUUCAGACCAUUGAGAAUCUGGAGAGGGAGGCCAACCAGAAGGUUUCCAAUUUCAGAAUGAAGCUAUGCACCUCUGAUGGCAUUGUUGACAUUCAGGUGGUGAGGACAUUAUCGCUGGAUGACAUUGCUGGUCCUGUGGCUCACAUCCCAAACGUGUAUGCUUUGGAGGGCAGUGAGGAGCUGCUGGUGUCCCUGCUGAAUGAGCUGUCCUGCCUGCAGCAGAUCCAGAACAACAACGUGAAGGAGCUGGCUGAGAGGGACAUCAGCAUCGGCAAACUGCACACUCACAUCCAGCUGCUGCAACAGGAGGGGGCAGACACACACGUUCAGGUGUCCAGGCUGAACGAGAGAGUGAAGGAGCUACAAGAGGAGGUGAGGAAAAAAGAGGCAGAACGGAGGAAGAGAGAGGAGGAGUGGAAGAGAGAGUAUGAUGGAGAGAGGAAGGCCCAUGCCCAGGCUAUUAAAAAGUGGGCUGAGAGGGCAGCCAUUUUGAAUUCUGAGGUAAAAGAGCGUGAGGAGCGUGUGAAGCACCUGGACCAGGAUGUGGUUGCUUUGCGAGUCACACAGGACUCCCUGAAGAGAACCUUGGCCAUGAAGGAGAAGCACACUGAACAGCUGGUCCAAGACAAUUCAAGGCUCAAAGACAGCCUGGCUGCACUGCAGAGCAAGCUCCAGACCAGUGAGUGUAUGGUCAGUGACAUCAGUGAGACCCUGGAUCAGGUCAAAACACAUCAGAGCCAGGAGAGACAGCAGAUCCAGGAGCAGCUCCACCAUGCCAACCAAGAAGUGCAGCGCCUGCAGCAGGAACUGACUCAUGUGCGUCGCGCCGCUGAAAAGAAGAUUCAGAGAAGGGAGGUGAAGGUGUGUGUCCUUCUCAAGGAGCUGACAGAGAGUAAGAAGCAGCACUCUGACUGUCAGAGAGAGUUGCGCGGCAGAGAGAGUGUCGUGGAGCGACUGCGUGGCGAGAGGGAUGAGCUGAGAGCCAAAAUGGAGGAGCAGAGCAGGGAGUGUGUCAGCCUCAACCAGACCAAAGACAAACUGGAGACCGAGUUGGCUCUGUGCCGCGAGACACACCGUGCCGCGCACCUAGAGGUUAGAAGCAGAGAUCAGUUAAUCCUCCAGCUGAGAGCAGAAAUGAAGACAGCUGAACAGAAGCAUCAAGGGACACAGGAAGAGCUGUCUUCGCUGGAGGCCAAGGUCAGACUUUUGAACCAGAGGGUCAAAGGUCACCAGGAAGAGGCCUGUCAGUUAAGGGAAAAGGUCAGAGAUAGAGGAGGGCUGAGAGACCAGAAAGAGAAAGAACGACUGCAGCUGCAUGAACAACUCUGUGUCAGUCAGCAACAGAUGGACCUCCUUCGCCAGCGGCUGAAAGGAGCCCAAGAGGACCUGAAAGAGGCCAGUGUGCAAGCUCAGGACCAGAAAGAGACAGUUACUAUUUUUAAACAGAAGUACAUCGCAGCAAUGGAGAAGGUUCACAGGGUACAGGGGCAGGUGGAAAGUCUGGAGGAGGAGCUUCGGUAUUCACAGCAGCAGCUAAGAGAGUCCCAGGUAGCAACGUGUUCGGUGAAGGCAGAGCUAGCUGAGCUGGAGGGGCAGUACCGACAGAAAGUUGGCCAAUGGGAGAGCUCACAGGAGGCUCUGGACCAGCUGACAGAUGAGCUGCAGGCCAAUCAGAAUCUACUGCAGGAGAGUCGGCAGAAAGUGGGCCAGAGCGAGGGCCUCGUGGCCACGCUGCAGGAACAGGUGGACGCACUCACACAACAGAAACUGAUAUUGGAAAGUGACCUAAAGCGGUACCAGAAGACUCAUUCUCAAUCUGACGAGGAAUAUCUCAGCCUGUUGAGACACCGACAGCAGCUCCAGAAGCGCUGCACAGAGCAGGUGGAGCGCCUCGUGGAGUGUGAAAAGGCAGUGCUACAGAUGAAGACGGAGCUGGAGAGACAGUCCCAGGAAAAAGCGGGUCUGGAGCGAAACCUUGUCACCUCUCACCACACACACCUGAGCAAUCGCAGCCGGCUUGUCCAGGAAGUGACGCAGUUGAAACAGGAAGUGACACGCUUAGAGCUGCAGCUGGCAGACGCCCACAAGGUACACAACGCACUCCUCAGGCAGUCAGAGGAGGACCUGAAGGAGGCCAGGCAAGAGGCUGCUCGGAGGAGCAGGGAGGUGAAAGUCCAGAAGGAGCAGGGACAGAGGCUUCAGGAGGAGCUGCAGAAGACAGAGGAGGAGGUGAGGAGUGGCCUGAGAGAGAACCAGAGCCUGAGGAGUCGCAUCAAACAGCUGAGCCAAGAGCUGGAGGAGCUACACAGCAAGCACCAAUGGACAGUGGAGGAGUUGGCAGCCCGUGCAGAGGAGGCAAAGCGGAUGGCGGGGUGUCUGAACGAGGGAAAGCUAGCAGAGGAGAAAAUAAGGUCAGUGGUUGAGAGGUUAGAGAAGGAGGUGACUGAGCUUGAAAAGGCUCUGCAGCAGGCUGUUGACCAGAGACUGAAAGCGGAGAGAGAGAAACAAGACGCGCAAGGCCAGGUGGACGCGCUCCGGUUGGAGCUGGAAGGGAUGCGGUCUGACAACGAAAACCUUCGCCACGAGAGUCAGCUGGUCAUGAGUAAUGUCAGCCGCUGGAUCACAGAGCAAAAGACAUCCAAUGAGAGUCUUGCUGCCCAGAUCAAGGCUCAAAACAAGGUGCUGGUCAUCAUUACUGAGGAGAAAGAACAUCUCCAGGAGGCAAAUGACACACUGAAGGAGGAGGUGAAGACACUGAAAGAAGUGGCAGAGAGGAAGAGAGAGAUGGAAUGCUUCAAGGCCCAGAUCCAAGACCAGGGCACUCAGCAAGAGGAGAGAAUGAAGGAGCAGGAAAGUUGUGUGGCUCUUAACCUCAGCAAAAUCGAGGACAUGCAGACCAGACUGCGAAGCAACCUGGAGGCCAUCGGAAUGCUAAAUCAACAAUUAAGCGCCCUCGGCGGAGAGAACGAGCGGCUGCGUAGGCAGCUAGAGGAGGAGAGGUCCGUGCGUAGACAAGUGGAGCGACUGUUUCCUCCUCCUCCCACCCACCCGCAUUGCUCCUCUGCCCAUCUCCCCCUCUCCUGCACCCCCUUUGCCCAACCCCCUCUUGAUCCUUUGAGCCCAGACCGGGCGAUGAGGGACAUGGACCGGGUGCUUACUCAAGCCGAGCUGAGCAGAGGCGGUCCGGAGAGGCCAGGUGAGUCCCCAACUUUGGCUGAAACCCGAUGGAGGAGUCUGGCCGGAGAGCUCUCAGUCUCUGUCUCGCUGGAAGACGUUUGGUCUGGGAGAAAGAGGCGGGAUCUAACCAAAUGAAGCCCCCAGAAGACUUUGACCUGUCAUGACCUUUUCAACCUCCAGCUCCUCACCAGGGAGCACAGCGAGGAUGAGGUUAAUGUCCUGCGGGUCAAAGUCAAGUCCCAGGGAGCUUUUUGCCUCGGGGUGGCUCCAGAACCAGCGACUGUUGGAAUUUCCUCAAAUGGACAAAAAUCACCUUCGAAUAUUUCUUCCUCUAAACUGUGAUGGAUUCUAUUCCACAUACUUAAACACCCACUAUUUAAUAUAUUCAAACUCCUAUAUUCAUACAAAAAAACACAAAGAUGACUUUCAGAGUCAAAAAAAAAAAACAAAAAAAAACAAAAAAACAAAAAACAGAUGAUUGCAUCUCCAAAAUGUUGCUGCUCUCUUAGUAAUGGUAUUUAAAUCGCUAAUAACAUCAGGAAAGACUUUCAAAUGAUGGAUAUCUCAAGCUCUAGCACCAAGCACUAACAAGUGACUUUGUGUGUAUGUAUGUGUGUGUGUCUGCGGAGAUGAAAAUGUUGUCAAUUCAAAUGAAUCGGCCAUUUAAAUCAACUAAACAAACGAACUCGACAGAGGAAGCAACUGACGGAAGAUUUUUUUUAUGAAUGUGUCCUCCACUGAGCAUGUGUCUCACUGUACAGCUAAAAGUCUCUGUCCUCAGAUGUUGAGCCGUGUAGCCGCUGUUCACAUAUGUCCCACAUCUCCUGAGCUGAAUAGGCCCAUGUGAUUGUGUGUGCGC